AUGCAGUUUAGCGAUCAUGCCUGGGAAGAUGGCGCUCCCCAGCUGCCAUUGGCCUGGCAAGUUGGCCGCUACUUGGAGCAGUACACGUCUCGGUACUUGUCUUCACACCCGGAUUUCAGCUUGCAUCUCAACACACGAGUCGUCCGAGCAGAGCGAGGGGAUGGAGAUGGCAGUGGGUGGGAUGUGCGACUGGAGUCCGGGGGCCGGGAGCAGACACAGCAUUUCGAACAUCUGGUUGUUGCAUCAGGCUAUUUCGGCAAGCCCAUUACUCCGGAGGGGGUGUCAAUUGCACCUUCGGCGGCAAUCCCAGUCAUUCAUAGCAGCCAAUAUAGGGACUUGAAGAAUCUUUUUGGAACCCGUAGCUCUGCCAAGGGCAAGAUUCUCGUUGUUGGGGGUCAAAUGUCUGGUGUUGAGGUUGCGGGAACCAUUGCGUCGCAUUUGUCGUCUGCCACAAACUCGCCCGAUGAUUUCUCACCCAAAGCUGCUGCUGCGCCGUUCCUGCCUCUUGACUUCUCAUCCUAUAAUCGAAACAAUCGGCCACUUCCCUUGGUCAAUACUCAGGGUCACAUCGAUGAAAAAACUGCACAAGUCGUGAACGGCAUCUUCCUAAACGCUUUGGGGACGGACCAGUCUGCCUUUUCGCCUCUCCUUUAUGUCGACGAUGCAACGAAGACUCAGCCACCUUACUUGGCAGUCAGCGACUGGUAUUGCGAUUUCGUGAGAUCAGGACUAAUAUCCCUGUCCAAUGGGAAGUUCGAAUCAAUCAGCGGAAACACGGCCAAACUUGAUGAUGGAACGAAAAUUGACGACGUCGUAGCGAUAGUGCUAGCAACAGGUUUUGAUCCAUCACCCUGCGUUAGCUACCUGCCCAGCAAGAUUUUGAAGACACUCAACCACUCUCCGCAGCACACGGAACAGCCACUUGCAUUGGCAUUCCAUGGAACUCACCAUCCAGAUGUUACAGGACUAGGCUUUGUUGGCUUCUAUAGAUCUCCAUACUGGGGAGUGAUGCAAAUGCAGGCCCGUUUCUUGGCACAAUACUGGUCCACGCCAAUAGAUGCACGCCCUGAAGCACUAGAGUUGAAACUAAAGUCCGACAAGUCCAUUCAAAGGACGCUUGACCUCCGAGACGACCCGCGACUCUCGCAGUUCCCGAUGGGCGACUAUCCUUUCCUCAUGCAGGAAUUCUCCGAAGCACUUUCAAUACCCAGAGUAGAUCCAUCAUUGAGUGGUAUUCCCACGCUCUCGUAUAACAGUCUUCCCUUGGACAUGCUCACUCCCGCAAGGUAUCCAUCACCGUCAGACGACGCUUCAGCAAAGGCAGACGCGGAAAAGUUGCGCCAAGACACUGUACACGUCGCUAGGGAUGGCCUGACAACACCCCGUUUUAUGCCACGUGCGGUGUUCCGAAGUCUGCUAGGCACGUGGAAGCUCGAAAGAGAACUAACAAGCAAGCUGCCAACACACCCGAGCGGUCAUUUUAGCGGCACGGCCCGGUUCCUCCUGAGAGACAAGACGUCAGAUGGCCUGCAGUGCGCGAGGCAAAGUUUAGGGUCGUCUGAUCCCGAUGAAGAGGGAGGCAUGGAAUACCUAUACAUUGAAGAUGGAGAAUUCAAGACUGAGCAAGGAUUCGGCUUUAGAGCAAGCAGACGUUACGUCUGGCGAUACAAUGAGAAGGAGGAAUCAUUGAGCGUCUGGUUCGCCAAACCUGGCGAUCCUAAGCGAGCAGACUACUUAUUUCACGAGAUUGAGUUCUUACAACCAGAAAAUGGUCGUGAGAAAGGGUGGUCUGCAAAGGCAGGACACCUUUGCAUUGAUGACUAUUAUGAUGUCAAGUAUAAUUUUGCAUUUCAAGCUGUCAACUUGCAGAACUGGAGCAUAGAAUACACAGUCAAAGGACCCAAAAAGGAUUACUCGAUCAAGGGGAGGUACACUAGAUAG